AUGGCCCUGAAAAAUCAUACCAGGGUGUCUGAAUUUAUUUUUUGUGGACUUACCCAGUCUCAAGAGUUGAGCUUGCUCUUAUUUUUCUUUUUAUCUGUAGUUUAUGUAACAACUGUGUUAGCAAAUGUUGCCAUCAUGGUCACUGUGACCUAUGAGUCCCGCCUUCACACCCCCAUGUACUUCCUGCUCCGCAAUCUCUCAGUCUUGGACAUCUGCUUCUCCUCCAUCACUGCUCCCAAGGUCCUCGUGGACCUUCUGUCAAGGACAAAGACCAUCUCCUUCAAUGGUUGCAUCACUCAGAUGUUCUUCUUCCACCUUCUCGGUGGGGCAGACAUUUUUUCUCUCUCUGUCAUGGCCUUUGAUCGCUACAUGGCCAUCUCCAAGCCCCUGCACUACGUGACCAUCAUGAGUAGGGGGCGAUGCACUGCCCUCAUUGUGGCCUCCUGGGUGGGGGGCUUCGUCCACUCCAUCGUGCAGAUUUCCCCGAUGCUGCCCCUCCCCUUCUGUGGACCCAAUGUUCUUGACACUUUCUACUGCGAUGUCCCACAGGUCCUCAAACUUGCCUGCACUGACACAUUUGCUCUUGAGAUCUUAAUGAUUUCCAACAAUGGUCUGCUCACUACCCUGUGGUUUGUCCUUCUUCUUGUGUCCUACACAGUCAUCUUGAUGAUGCUGAGGACUCACACAGGGGAGGGCGGGAGGAAAGCCAUCUCCACCUGCACAGCCCACAUCACUGUGGUGACUCUGCACUUUGUGCCCUCCAUCUAUAUCUACGCCCGGCCCUUCACUGCCCUCCCCAUGGACAGAGCUGUCUCCAUCACCUUAACGGUCAUCAUCCCUGUCCUGAACCCCAUGAUCUACACCCUGAGGAACCAGGAGAUGAAGUCAUCCAUGAGGAGACUGAAGAGAAGACUUAUGUUUUCUGGAAGGGGAUAA